AUGGCUGAAGCUGAUGUAAUUUACACUGAUGUAAACUUCAGAGCUCCUCACACUGAGGGCUUUUCUUCAUCAUCUCUGUAUCUUCUGAUUGCAGACAUUCAACAAGACAAACUAAUCAAGAGGUCAAACUCCACCUUGAAGCGACUGGUUGUCCUGGUUCCUGUCCUUCUCUGUGCGGUCACUGUCAUCGCCCUUGGAAUCAUUGUCAUCAUUUUAAACACCAACAAAACCCCACAAACUGAGCAAGAGGAGAAUGAAGCUCUGAGAAAAAAUUCCUCAGAUGAACGACUUUUGAAGUGUGAAGCAGGCUGGGAGCAACAUGGAGGAAAGUGUUAUUAUUUCUCCACUAAUAAAUCCUCCUGGGAGGAGAGCAGACGUUUGUGCAAAGGUCUGGGAGGAGACCUGGUGAAGAUAGACAGCAGAGAGGAGCAGAUGUUCAUUAGAGAAAAACUGGUACAUAUGAUGAAGAACGAUGAGGACAAGUUCUGGAUCGGACUGACAGACUCAGAGGAAGAAGGCAGAUGGUUGUGGGUGGAUGGAUCUCCACUGAACACGAGUUUGAGCUUCUGGACUGAUGGCCAACCAGACAACUGGAGUAAGAGCAGCUUUAAACAAGCUGACUGUGUGAGGAUGGGACAGAUAGGAGGAUCUGAUGUGUUAAAGUCCUGGUUCGAUACGUCCUGUGACGCUCAUCAGAAAAUAAUCUGUGAGAAAGCAGAAAAAACUCGAUAG